AUGGCGACACCACCUGGCUCUGGCUCGGGCUCGGGCUCAGCCUCUCCGGGUCUCGACUCGUUUCCUCAGGUUGCCAUUGAGAUGACCUCGACGCCUAGUACGGCCAACCCUGUGCGCGAACGACGAUUCUCAAACGCCUCUUCCAUCCCUCGCCGGCUGUCCAAGAGCUUUCAGGAAGCCGAGCUGCCCACAGGCUUUCUCGGUGCCACAGCAGAUAUGACAUCGUCCGUCUUUGUUGCCGGCCGCACACGAUCGAGCAGCGGCCGCACGCGGUCGAGCACCGGCGGCCGCACUCGGUCGUCUGUCUCCAGUGCCAACGACGACAGGACGCGGCCUUUCACACAGCAGCGACUGGGCGCUAUCCGGACCGAAGACACGACGUUGGCGAUCCUCGAGGAGCCCCAGCGUAUGUCCGUGUCGUUCGACCAGGCUCGCAGCCGAGGCGAGGGCGAGAAGUCGAUUGCCAAGUCGGAUGAGCCGACAAUCGUCGCAACAAGCGAGUCGCACGAUGCCUGCAGUGGACCGGACGACGGCACUGAUGUCAGGCUGGGUGCCAAGAUGCCCGCAGCCAACGCUGACGCCGCCGAGGGCAGAGAGUACGACAACGGCUACCACUUCCCGCCGCAGUACUCCAAGAGCGACAACUUUCGCCACGCCGCCAUUGCCUUUGGCAAGUACAUCCGCACGCCGGUCGGCUUUCUGGUCCUCAUCUACGGCCUCAACGUCGUCGCCUGGGGCGCCAUGCUGUUCUUUCUGCUGCUGGAUGCUAGCCCGGCCAUGUGUCAUCCGAGCUGCGGCAACAUCAACUCGCCGCGGCGCAUCUGGGUCGAGAUCGACUCGCAGAUCCUCAACUCGCUCUUCUGCGUCACCGGCUUCGGCAUGGCCCCCUGGCGCCUGCGCGACCUCUUCUUUCUGCUGCGCUUCCGUCUGGCCAAGAACCUGCUCAGUCUGCGCCGUCUCGCCGGCGUUCACCGCGGCUGGAUCCGUCUGCCCGGCUCCGAGAACCUGCCGCUCGACGUCGGUCCUACCAACAUCCCCGACGACACGCCGCGGAGCGUCCUUCCCUUCCCCGAGUCCAAGAUCCCCGACGUGCCGCUGACGGGCGAGCGUGCUCCGCCGACGGCGCUCUGGCGCGUCGACUUUGUCCUCUGGAUGAACGCCGGCAACACCUUUUUGCAGUGUGUGCUGUCCGGCUUCAUGUGGGGCAUGACUCGCCACAACCGGCCGUCCUGGGCGACGGGCCUGUUUGUGGCGCUCGGCUGCAUCUCCGGUGCCGUCGGCGGUCUUGGCAUGUUUUACGAGGGCAAGCGGGUCAAGGGCAUUGAGGGUGUGCCGUUGACGCACGAGGAUUACGAAAAGCUGGCACAGGAUCGCGCGUUGGGGAUCAGCCACUACAAUAACCUCGACGGCAAGAAACCCAAGGAGAAGGUGAUAGACCUGGAGGCGGUCAAGGAGCCGGUCAAGUAG